AUUUAUUCAAUUAAUCAAGUAGCCUCAAGUUUCAUCCUUAAUAUACAGAUCAGACGAAAACUGAAGAGCAUACCAAAGUUAAUUUGGAGCAAUGGAAAGAAAGGUGGCCAUAAUUGGAGCUGGUAUUAGCGGCUUAAUAGCCUGUAAGUAUUCCCUCUCCAAGGGCUUCCACCCCAUUGUUUUUGAGGCUCAAAGCAGCAUUGGAGGGGUGUGGUCCAAAACAAUUGAGUCUACAAAACUCCAAACUCCGAAAGAGUUAUACCAGUUCUCCGAUUUUCCGUGGCCAUCUUCGGUCACAGAUGACUUCCCUAACCAACAUCAAGUCUUUGAUUAUAUCCAAGCUUACGCACGCCAUUUUGAUCUGCUUAAGCACAUCAAAUUCAACAAUAAAGUAGUUGGAAUUGAGUAUCAUGGCUCGUCUGAAGCAGAGUUGCAGUCAUGGAGCUUAUGGGGUGGCACUGGUGAGCCUUUUAGCUCUACAAGGAAAUGGAAGGUCCAUGUUCAAGACACUGAAACUCUAUCAACAGAGAUUUAUGAGGUGGACUUUGUAAUCCUUUGUUUGGGGAAGUUCAGUGGGAUGCCAAACAUUCCAGAUUUCCCUGCAAACAAAGGGCCAGAAGCAUUUCAUGGGAAAGUAAUUCACUCAAUGGAAUAUGCAUCAAUGGACUAUGAAACUGCUGCUCAAUUCAUCAAAGGGAAGAAAGUCACUGUUGUUGGAUUCCAGAAAUCUGCUCUGGACAUUGCAAUGGAGUGUGCAACAGCAAAUGGGGUAGAAAAUCCCUGUACAGUUUUAUACAGGACUGAAUACUGGACUGUCACUGAUUACUUUCCAUGGGGCAUCUCCCUAGCAAAACUAUACCUUAAUCGCUUUUCGGAGCUUUUAAUUCAUAAGCCUGAUGAAGGGUUUCUGCUUAGUCUCUUAGCAACAAUGCUUUCACCUGUGAGAUGGUGUUUUUCGAAAUUAGUCGAAAGUCAUUUCAGAAGGAGACUUCCUCUGGCAAAGUUUGGAAUGGUACCAAAGGAAAGCUUUUUCGAACACUUAAAUUUCUGCUUGAUCCCAACAAUUCCAGAAAAAUUCUAUGAUAAAGUUGAAGAAGGAAGCAUCAGAUUGAAGAAAGCCCCGAGCCUUAGCUUCUGUAAAGAUGGGGUUGUGAUAGAUGGAAAUGAGGCGGCUCCAAUAGAAACAGACUUGGUUAUUCUAGCAACAGGAUUCAGGGGAGAUAAAAAGCUCAAGGACAUUUUUGUAUCCCAAACCUUCCAAGAUUGCAUUUUCGGUACUCCAAAGGCAGCGGUUCCACUCUACAGGGAAUGCAUUCAUCCUCGGAUACCCCAACUAGCAGUAAUUGGAUUCUCUGAAAGUGUGGCGAACUUGUACACCUCUGAGAUGAGAUGUAGAUGGCUAGCAGAGCUUCUGGAUGGAAAAUUCAAACUGCCCAGCAUUAUGGAGAUGGAAAAAGAUGCAGAGAAAUGGGAUGCAUUCUGGAAACAGUACUCUGGUGGAUACUCCAGGAAAUCAUGCAUUGCUGCCAUUCAUAUAUGGUACAAUGAUCAACUUUGCAAAGACAUGGGAUGGAACCCAAAGAGAAAGAAGGGAUUCUUUGCUGAGCUAUUUGAACCUUAUGGCCCCAGGGACUAUGUUGCCCCUUAAACUUGGCUAUUGGACUUCCCUUGAUUUUCGAUAUCUUAUGCGUAUAAAAAUAAAAUUUGUGCAAAGUCCAAAUUGCUGACCUUUUUCUUUUCUGUCAUGGAUGGAGGACAAGCACUAGAAUUUGAUUGUUUGCCCACCUUUCAGUCUUUCUCCUUUUGGUAUUUUGUCAAAUGAAUUGUAGUUCCGUGCCGUGUAAGAUUGUUGCUGCUUUUCUGGUUCUGCAUAAAAAUGGAGGCAAAAAGACACAUUGCGUACCACGUUAUGUUUAGCUUAUUUGGUGUGUAACUGAAGAUUUGGCAUGAAAGUAUAUAAACCAGAAUUCAUGUC